CUGCAUGUUGUAUACUAGCGCGAGGUUCAAGAGAAGAGACGUUCAAGAAAGAUGAAGAAGAGUCACGAAUGACUACCUGAAUGCCACGUCCUCGUAUUCUUUUCCUGCAAAGUUCAAAUUCUACGACACAUAUCUUCGCCUCUCUCAACAGUUUCAGCAAAUCAGUUCUCUACAUCGUCAUUGAAGACUGGGGCAUCGAGCCCCUCAUCGAGCCCCCAAUUACGAUAUUGGAACUACAGGACUGUGCGCCAUCUUUUCCGGCCCACUUCUUGUCCUCUUCCGCCCUCCAAAUGCACCCGCAUGGCCCUCUGAAUGCUUCAAACCGUACUUGUCCUGAGUUGUUCUCUAGAUCUCUGGCCCGCGCGGCACAUCUAAUCCGCCAAACAUGCCUCCAACCAUCUUUCCUGGCACCUUCUUUCUCUGUGGAGCAUUGGCUCACCACCAACCUGGACUGCCUGGCUUACUACUAUUCAGUUCAUGCCAUAUUGCUGACACUAGCCUACAACAACUCCUUCAGACUCCUACUGCUCGUACCAUGUUACGCGAGAAACUUUCCGGCGAAAACAUACCUGGUGGCACUAUCAGUUCUCACCUGCGGGACGCGCUGCUUGUCGUCGCUUCGCAGCAAGUGGGGCAUUUGCAGCCUGCCACAUAUACGAACUCGUCUGUCGAUCACAUUCGUAAAUGAACGCGUUCCCGUCGUUAACAUUCAUGUCCUGUGAACACCCAUAGCCACCUGCAAACAACCAACGAGCAUUUACCGUG